AUGUAUAUACAGAAACAGAAGAGGGGGAAGCAGGGCUGUAGGAAGGUCAUCCUCGCCACCAACAUCGCUGAGACCUCAGUCACCAUCUCUGGGAUCAAGUACAUCAUUGACACGGGGAUGGUGAAGGCCAAACGCUUCAAUCCUGACAGUGGGUUGGAGGUGUUGGCGGUGCAGCGGGUCUCUAAGGCCCAGGCGUGGCAGCGAGCGGGUCGGGCUGGCAGGGAGGACUCUGGCUUCUGCUACCGUCUCUACACUGAGCAGGAGUUCGACAGCCUCAUCCCCAUGACUGUACCUGAGAUCCAGAGGUGUAACCUGGCCGGUGUGAUGCUGCAGCUCAUGGCGCUCGGGAUUCCAGAUGUGAUGAAUUUUGAUUUCAUGUCCAAACCUUCUCCAGAGGCGGUUUGUGCUGCUGUGAAGCAGCUGGAGCUGCUGGGAGCUGUGGAGAGGAAGGAGGAGCAGGUUCUCCUCACCGCUCUUGGGAAGAAGAUGGCCAGUUUCCCCCUGGAUCCAAGAUAUGCCAAGACCAUCCUGCUGUCCCCAGAUUACUCUUGUUCUGAAGAGAUCCUGAGCAUCGUGUCCCUGCUGUCAGUGGACAGUGUUCUGUACAACCCUCCGGCCCGCUGGGACGAGGUGCUCGCCGCACGCAAGAAGUUCACGUCUAGCGAAGGAGACCACAUGACCCUGCUCAGUAUUUACAGAGCUUUCAAGAAAGUUGGCGGUAACAAGGAGUGGUGUCGGGAGAACUUCGUCAACAGCAGGAACAUGGGUCUGGUGAAAGAAGUUCAGGCUCAGCUCCGAGAAAUCUGCCUGAAGCUGAACCUGAAGCUCGAGUCGUGUGGGGCCGACACGGGGAACGUUCGGCGCUGCCUCGCUCACGGGAUGUUCAUCAACGCCGCGGAGCUUCAGCCUGACGGCAGCUACAUGGCUGUGGACGCCCACCAGACCGUGGCCGUCCACCCCUCGUCUGUCCUCUUCCAGAGUAAGCCGGCCUACGUGAUCUUCAACGAGCUGCUGCACACGUCCCGCUGCUACAUGAGGGGGCUGUGCUUGGUCGACGCCGACUGGCUCAUGGACGCGGCGCCCGAGUACUUCGGCCACAAGCUGCAUGUCACCAAAAGCUAACAGGAAGUGCAGUUUGGACCGAGCAGAAUAUUGUGUGUCGGACACGUCUGGACUACCUCCCAGCUGGCACGGACCUGCUGCAGCAGAUCUGCAUCUUGACACGUAAAACUCUCUGAAAGAAAUUAACCUCACCAGUUGGACUUCUUGGAGAGCAGCACGUUUUUAUGGUCGC